GUAGUGCCUUUAUAUGUAUCAGUAAACAGUGUUGGUUGAGUGAAGCAAUCAUAUGACUCAUUGGUGGUGAUGGAAAUGAUUCUGACACAUUAGCGGGAUUGGCAGUUUCGUGUACGAGUUGGUGUGAUAAAUAUAUGUAUUGGAAGUUCGAGAUUUUUAUCCUCCGGGAAUGAGGCCUCUGAAGAUUAGGGAGGAAAUGAAUUUCAUUGGAAGCCUGCUGAUGCUGCUGACGCUGACGGCGACUCAGGCGAUGGCCGGGCAGCGUCAGCAGGAAGCCUCGUCCUUCGUCAGCGAGGCUUUCCCCAAGUGCGCCAACAUCUCCGACGCCGAGAACGCUGACCACCCCGCGCCAGAUUUCGUCGAGAUUCUCCAAGGCUCUUUCACGCUCACCCUCGAGAUGACCAUGAUGAAGAAGAAAAUUACUUAUUACGUGGAAGAGGUCAGGGAGCGUUGGGAGUUCGACGGGGAAGUUACAGACAACGGUGCGGUGUACCUGCGUCGAAACGGUACCGAGACCACCUACUACUAUUAUCCUUCAUCUGGCAUGAUGGUAGAAGAACAGGACGGCCAGUGCAGGCAAACGGGGACCGAUGUUCCGCCAUUUAAUCCCUGGGGUUGGUGGGAUCCAGACCCGACCCACGGCGCUAUGCUCUACGGGCCUUCCGCUCUCAUCCGGAGAGCUCAUUUCAUCAACAAGAGAUAUCUCGGCGGUCACAGAGAAAUAAAUGGAGUGAUGUGUGAACGCUGGUUGGCUUGCGAAGGUCAGCAGUCAGUCAUGAUAUAUUAUUAUUUUUCACAGAAGCCAUGGGAGAUGCCAGAGGCUCCCUUCUUCAGCAUAGGCGGCGACAGACUGCCUGUGCAAAUCGAGGUACAGUUCAUGGACGAGUCGGAGCGGAUCCAGUACAAUGUGCAGAGUUUUGUGCCUUUCGUGAAAGACCCGACGCUGACUGAGACCCCCCGAGGCGAGUCGUGCGAGGGUCUAGUGGGCGUGGCGGGCGGAGGUCACGUGCCGAGGGUGCCACACCACUUCACCUUUUCGCAGGAGGUCGUCGGCAACCCGCAGAUCGAUGGGGUCAACCUCGGGUCCCAGUCCCUUCAGAGAAUUCAGGUGACUUACAGCGAGGUCUUAUCCUUGAGUCGGCUUGACUAUCCAUACUCCACGAACAGGUUGAAGAUCAUUCACGAUUUCAAUACAGGUGUACAGUACGUGAUCGACCGCGUAAGUGGCAACUGCAAUAGGACAUGGAUACCUGCAAUCACCUACGAUUCAAAUAUGAACGUCAUGCUGGGCCCCAAUCAGCUGUUUCACCUGGACGACUCCUUCGCCUUCGUGGGCCAGCGGGACACGCGAGGGUCUGUGGCCGAUCUGUGGACGUCGACGAGGAGUGACCUGCCAGACCCUGCCACGGGAGGCUUUCAGAAUUUCCCGAAAGCUGUUUUGGAGUAUUAUUUUGUUACGACUCGAGAGGAAACCCCGGAAGGCAAAGAGGAGAUCAACGUUCCUCUUAGAGGCGAUGUCUUCGUGUACAACAAUUCUGAAGCUAAUCAGGUUGUUGCUAUGAUGACAGCCAACUUCUACGACUUCUCUGUCAUAAGGCUUUACACGGAAAUAGAGUUCAGCGUCGAAGAAUGCUUUGAGGAGACGGAUGCUGACUGGUCGUACUUAGUUAUCGCUUUCCCUUCUAGUAAAAGUUCCGUGACUGACCUUGUGAUGAAGAACAUUGACGAAUUCCGCGACCAGGUCUUCUCCCUCGUCGUGCAGCAGGGGAGCGUCUCUCCGACUCGUAUUGCUACCGUCGACGUGUCCGAAGGGUUGGCUGGAGAGGUCGGUGUUUCGGACGUUAUCAUCGCUUCUGUCAAACUGCUUGAUCGUGUACCUUAUAUUUUCUCGUAUAAGCCUAUGCUUGACGAACCUCACCCUGUGCCUGGAGAAAAUGAAAAAUCGUUUGAGGAUAUUGAAACCGCUGAAGACUGUGCUGAGCUCUGUUCUCUUGAAAAGGGUUUCCAUUGCAAGUCCUUCCACCACUGUGACGACCACGUGUGUUUCCUAAGCCCGACGGAAGAGUCCGAUGGAAAGCCAGUGAUCACGACCAACAACUGCUCCCACUGGCUUGAAUUCGCCACUAAUAGGUCGUUCGUGGAUCUACCUACAAGCCAAGCCUACAAACAGAUCCUGGAAGCCAUUCGUCAUGGUGAAUUCACAGUCGUCAUUUUGGAUAAGGAAACGGAGGUGCAGCUGGGGGCGUCCGAGGCCAUCCUAUAUCGAAGCCCGGACCCCGUAGGAGGUGUGAGGAAGCAGUUCAACCUCGCUGCUCGUAGGACUUCUCUUAAGCAUCCUGAUGAUAGCGUUGAGAAGAUCGCGACGCUGGAAGAGUGCAUGGCCCUCUGCGCGACCUGGCGAGCCUACCGCUGUGAGACCUUCGCCUACCAGUUCGACGACCAGCGGUGCCUCCUCAGUGCCACCCACAGUGCCGACCUGAAUUCUACCAUGACCGCUGCAAAGAGUCACUCGGACUUGUAUGAUCGAACUUACCUCAGUGAGUAUAAAGUGGUGCUUGGAGGGGUGGCACUCAAUGGCACCGGCGUCGUAAUUCCCGAAGUCGAUCACCUGGACACCUGUGCCAGACAUUGCUCGCAGGACACCUCCAUAUCCUGCAGGAGCUUCGAAUGGUGUCACAAAGAACGCUUGUGUCGCCUCCACGAAGAAUACUUCCUUGACGUGGCUGAAGGAGGAGACUACGAGACCCAUACGUCGUGUAUCCACUUUUCUAAGAAUGCGGCAGAGACAUUUUCGCAACACCCGCACCAAGGCCUCGCGAAGGAUCUACACCGGUUUGUGGCCGCAGAUUCCGAUGCUUCUGCGUGUGCAAAACUAUGCUUGGGGUCGACAGACGAAGUGUGCGAGAGUUUUGACUUCUGCUCGAGCUGCGGGGACCAGGAUCAGGAUGUUUGUGGGCGGGACUUCGCGGAGACGGAAAAUAUCUGUUUCCUGAGCACACGGCACGUCGGUGAAGCUGGGACUGUAUUCAAGACUGCGCCAAAUUGUCAGCAUUAUUCACGUGAAUUUUUCGGUGAAAUGGACUACCCUACUUGGGUGGCGAGCAGAAGGCGGUCAGACUACCCUUAUACAUCAGGCGACAUGGCGGGGUUGGCUGUGGGCGUCCUGCUCCUGGGGGCUCUCUUGGCCGCGGGCUUCCUCGUCGCCGUCGUCAGAGUCCGCCCAGACGAUGAAGCCCCAAAGGAGGAGGGGGGCGUGUCCUUCCUGCACCUGAAGAACGCUGUCGAGGGAGAAUCCGAUUUUUGAGAGAGGGGGAAGAUGGGUGGAUUUUUU